CUUGAAAAUCAUCACCCACUAACCUUCCAGGACCAACAGCGUGGGCCAACACUUCCCACCUAGCGCGGUUCCGCACGUCCCUAGCGCUUUAGUAACUCCUGUUCACAAUCUGAUUCGUCUGCUACCUUUUUCCAGAUACCGACAAUGUCCGACGACGCAGAGACUAAUGACGUCCCUAAGGACGCGUCGCGCGACAUGCAGCAGCAGAGUCGCGCCCUAGAUUCCAUCACCGACCAUGUCGAGGAACGACAGCUCGAUGCGCGCCGAGUCCAAGAGGCCAUGGCGUCGAUCGCGGCGUCAUCUGCGGCAGACAGGGAGGCUCAACGCGCCAGGGAGAAGGAGCUUGCUGCUGUGAAGAUAGACUCAGUUCACAUAGACGUGAUUGCUUCAGAAAUGGAGGUUGACCGGAAGGUAGCAGAGAGACGACUAAGGGAGCAUCAAGGAGACGCAGUGGCUGCAUUGAGAUCUUUCCUGCAUUAAGGACUCUAUAAACCAAUUAUAUUUUGCAUUUGUUUCUAUAGAUGUACUGGUAGCUAGUCCACUUCAUGGGGAACCUUUCUUCUAGUCGAGUACCGUACUUGUAAGGUAGAGAUAAUGUAAUCUCGCCAAGGUUCAACGUGUUAUUCAGAACGCUCUUCGCGUCAAUGUCG